AUGGCGUCAAAUGUAACCCUCUCAACUCUACACAAGGAUCGAGGCAAUGUCAAAAGACUUCUCACCACGCUCGAGAAGAAAUUCAAUGCUCAAGAAGUCUCGAUUGCUCUCGCAAAUGCAAUGAUGCAAGAAGUGCAAGAGAUUCAGAAGAAAUUUGAGUCCAUUGAUCAACAGUUGAUGGAGCUCACACUAGACGAUGAUGAGCAGGCGCUCAAGGAAGAGAAAGAAUCAGAAGGUAUCUACCAAAGAUGCAUGGAAAUCAAGCUUUCUCUUGGAGAGUUUCUUUUUGAGAACAAUCCACAAGUGUCUGCACAACCAACUGCACAAAGAGAUGACGCAAACUCCAACCUGGACUCUGUGCUCUCCAAUCAGACGAACAUUAUGCGACAGAUGCUAGAGCUUCAGAGAACAUCGAUGACAUCAUCAUCAUCAGGACAUGGUGGUGUUCGCACAAAACUACCACAACUCACACUACCUACGUUUGAUGGUCGCUACACUGAGUGGUUGAACUUCAGGGAUGCUUUCCAGAGCACAAUUCACGAAAAUGAUGACCUCAAGGACAACCAGAAGAUGCAAUAUCUCAAGAGGGCAUUGACUGGAGAAGCAGCUGAAGAGAUUGGCAAUGUGCAAAUGUGUGACCGCAACUACGAGCCAACUUGGGCAAGACUUGUGAAGCGAUAUCAGAAGAAGACUCAUUUGGUGAAUGCGCUCAUAGAAGAAUUCUUGGCUCAAUCAAGGAAAAAAGUGGAAAAUGUCUCGGAUCUACAAGCCGCAAACCGCAAAUACAAGCAGAUCUUUGACAGUUUGAAUUCAUUGGGCGAGGAUUGUAUGACGCUGGAUAUUUGGCUGAUUUAUCUGAUGAAGCUAAAUAUGAAUGAGAAUUUCCGCACCAAAUGGGAAGAGGGUAGGACCGCUGAGAAGAUGGCAACACUAGAAGAGUUCUUUGAUUUUAUGACCCAGCAGACAGAUGUGAUGGAGAGAGCAGCGAUGGAUGUUUCGAAACCUCCUUCCUCAGAAGCAAAAGGAUCUUCAAAAUCAUCCAAGACGGGUAUCAAAACACAUCACACAGAAGUUCAGCAAUGUUUCAAAUGCGGAGUUGGACAUCCUCUCUUUAUGUGCGAUGACUUCAAGGCUCUUACUGUGGAUGACAGGCGAAACUUGGUCGCAAAAUCGAUGCUCUGUUUCAAUUGCCUUAGGAAUAAUCAUUCUUCGAAGAAAUGCCUGUCUAAGGCAAGAUGUCACAAGUGCGGGAAGCGUCAUCAUAGCUUGCUACAUUUGCCACAAGUUGUGGGAGCUAAUCCGCAAACUCAAAUACAAGGAACAGAGAAAAGCAGUGUUCCGGCACUCACGCAACCAGUUGCACCGCCAAUUUCAAAAGUAAAUGCGACUCAACAAACACCUCUGCCUCAACCAGGACCUAGCGGAAGUUCUGGAGUGAUCACACACCAUUCAUCAGUUCAUCACAGAGCUUUGCUACCUACAGCACUCGUGAAUAUCAAGGAUGUCUAUGGUGAUUAUCAACAAUGUCGUGUGUUGAUAGAUGGAGGCGGAGAGUGCACAAUGAUCUCGGAGGAUUGUGCACAAAGGUUGUCUCUUCCGAGGCGACAUGCUCGAAUCCCUGUCACUGGCGCUGCUGAAGUGGCAAUCGGAUUCACUCGAGGGCUGGUCCAGCUGGAGAUCAGUUCAACCUACAACCCAGAUGAGAAGAUACAAGCUGAAGCCUAUGUUAUGCAGAAGGUGACAUCUCUGCUGCCACCUGCAGCACUCACAGAGAAGAAAUGGCCACACAUUGACUCUUUGCGUCUGGCUGAUCCUCAGUUUAAGACGCCAGGAAAGGUAGAUGUUAUCCUUGGAGCAGAGUACGCUCUGGCCAUCACUCUUCCCCAGAUAUUGAAGGGCAGCGAGGGGGAACCUAUCGCUCAACUCACUAUCUUUGGCUGGAUAGUGGGAGGAAAGGUGUCUGGAGAAGUGAAGUCUUUUACAUCUCUUCAUACUCAAUGUGACCUGAAUGAGACGCUCAAGCGAUUCUGGGAAGUAGAAACUAUCAUGCCAAAGAAACCACAUCUCACCGAGGAGGAGCAACUGUGUGAAACACAUUUUGCUGAGACACACACUCGAGACAAGUCAGGCCGAUAUGUGGUAAAAUUGCCAUUCAAGCCUUCUCAUGAAGACUUGGGUGACUCAGCAACAACUGCCAUGGCUCGUCUGCAGGCCAUGGAAAGGCGCUUCGCAAGGAAUCCAGUGCUUCAGCAAGGAUACAAACAAUUCAUGGAUGAGUAUCUGGCAUUGGACCACAUGGAACUCGUUCAACCGGACGAACUUGAGAAGCCAAACAGCAUGAAGUAUGUACUGCCCCAUCAGGCAGUCAUACGACCAACAAGUGAAACUACAAAGCUCAGGGUAGUGUUCGACGCAUCCGCGGCGACUCGACCAAACAAACCAUCUCUGAAUGAAGUUCUAGCCGUAGGACCACCCCUACAAGAUGACCUGCUGGUUCUACUUCAAAGGUUCAGGACUCAUCAAGUGGCUCUAUCAGCAGAUGUAGAAAAAAUGUACAGACAAGUUCUUGUGUCUGAAGCUGAUAGAGACUUCCAGAGAGUCUUCUGGAGGCAAGCACCAACGGAGAAAAUUCAAACCUAUCGUCUCAAGACCGUGACCUAUGGAACAUCGUGUGCUCCAUAUCUCGCAAAGAAGGUUCUUCAACAAUUUGCUCACGACUACAGGAGUGAGUUUCCGGAAGCAUCACAAGCUAUUCUGUCCAGUUUCUACAUGGAUGACUUGUUGUGCGGCGCAGCCACUGUUGAAGAAGGAAAGAAACUGAGACGAGAGAUUCAAGAGGUUCUCAACCGAGGACAUUUUUCCCUCCGGAAGUGGUCUUCGAACUCAGAGGAAAUCCUGGAAGAAAUACCAUCAGACAUGAGAGCCAUUACACCUGACGAAAUCCGAACUCAGUCAAAAUCCAUUUCAGCUCUUGGAUUGAAAUGGAACCCAGGGAAUGACACAUUUUCAUUAAUGAUUGACACUCCACCACCAGUUACCACAAAGAGGGAGUUCAGCUCUGCAGUGGCCAAAACAUUUGACCCCUUGGGAUUUGUCACACCAGUGACAGUAACAUUCAAAAUAUUGUUUCAACUUCUUUGGGUACCAGGGAUCAACUGGGAAAGUGAGCUGCCACCAGACGUUCAGGAUCAUUAUCAGAAGGUUCAGUCUCAAUUCAAGUGUCUCCAGGAAGCUGAGAUUCCAAGGAUUAUUCCUGCCAAAGAGGGUGUAAUCGAGUUACACGGUUUUUCAGAUGCUUCUGAGAAAGCAUUCAGUGCUGUUGUCUACGCCAAGGGAAUUGAUGAAAAGGGACAGGCAAUAGUGAAUCUAGUUAUGGCUAAAUCCCGUGUAGCACCGCUCAGCCCAAUCACAAUUCCAAGGAUGGAAUUAAAUGGAUGUGUUUUGCUCGCGCAAAUCAUGGAAAAACUGAAGGAUGCGUUGUCCAACCGGAAGAUUGAGGUACAUGCUUGGACAGACUCCAUGAUUUGUCUCCAAUGGCUCAAAGAUGAUCCCCGAAAAUGGAACCGAUAUAUCGGGGCAAGAACAAGUUUCAUCAUGGAAAUCAUCCCACCUGACCGAUGGCGACAUGUAUCAUCUGGCGACAAUCCUGCGGAUUGUGCUUCAAGAGGGCUUCUACCAGAAGAACUGAUGCAGCACCAUUUGUGGUGGCACGGGCCAAAUUGGCUCCAGAAGGAUGAAACUCAUUGGCCAGCUACCAAAGUCAUCAAAAAAGCCAAUCCUGAUGAAGCAAAACCCACCAAGAUGCAAGUAUUCACGUCACAAAACACAGAGGAAUUUCUGUUUGGUCUCCUUGAGAAUCAUUCGGACUAUCUGCGGACUGUAAGAGUGUUUGCCUUAACCUUGCGUUUCAUCAAAAACACCCAAGUGACAGAAGACAAACGUGAGAAAGGAUUUGUGACUGUGAAGGAACAAAACAACGCAGCUGAUCGUAUAUUUGCUUAUAUCCAACAACAAUACUUUCCUGAGGAGUACAAGUGUCUCAAAUCCGGAAAACCUCUUCCCAAGUCAAGCAAAUUGAGACAUUUAGUGCCCUAUCUGGACGAUUCAGGCGUGAUGCGAGUUCUAGGAAGACUACGACAUGCUCAGGUGCCAGAGAGAACUCGCCAUCCCAUCAUCUUGCCAAGCCAACAUCCGUUGGUUAGGAGCCUAGUGACUUUCACACACAAAACUCAUCUUCAUUCAGGUGCUCAGCUGACUCAGGGCAUCCUACGCUCAAAGUAUUGGAUAGUGGGGAUGAGAAAUCUCGUGAAGGAUGUCAUCCGGAAGUGUGUGAUUUGUGUGAAAGCCAAGCCAAGGACGGAGAGCCCACUCAUGGGAGACUUGCCAGCCGUGCGAGUCCAACAGUGUCGGGCAUUCUACAAUUCUGGAUGUGACUUUGCCGGGCCUUUCCGGAUUCGUGCCUCUUACCUGAGGAAAUCUGUGGUCACAAAGGGAUACAUCUGUGUAUUCGUGUGUAUGGUAACCAAGGCCAUACACUUGGAAGUUGUCAGCGACUUGAGUACCGAGAAGUUUGUCGCUGCCUUGCGCCGUUUCACCGCCCGUAGAGGUCAUUGCCAGACGCUCUACUGCGACAACGCGACGAACUUUGUGGGAGCCGCAGGAGCUACUCGAGAAGAUCGACUGAAAGGCAUUCGUGAUCACCAAAACAAGGUAACAAAGUUCAUGUCUAGUUACGGAACUCAGUUCCACUUUAUUCCGGCAUAUUCUCCAACCUUUGGGGGAUUGUGGGAGAGAGGUGUGGGGAACGUCAAAACCCAUCUCAAAAGAGUCUUGGGGGACUCCAUCCUAACUUUUGAGGAGUUUGCCACUGUGUUGACUCAAAUAGAGGCGUGUGUGAAUUCCCGUCCGCUCUGUGGAAUGUCUCUGGACAUAGAGGAUCAGGAGCCAUUGACACCAGCCCACUUUCUGGUGGGACAUGCACUAACACUUGAAGCCACAGACGAAGAUUUCACCGAAGCAAAUCCCAAUCGCCUCACCCGCUGGAAGCUACUACAGAGAUUUGUCCAGCAUUUCUGGAAGAGAUGGAAUCAAGAAUACAUCACUUCACUUCAGCAGAGGCCCAAGUGGUGUACAUCAACCAGAAAUCUCGAGAUUGGUGAUUUAGUUCUUCUCCGGGAGAACACGAUGAAGCCAGCAGCAUGGAAAAUGGGACGUGUGACAGCCACUCAUCCUGGAAAGGAUCUUGCCGUACGGGUUGUCACAAUCAGGACGAAGGAUGGACUGCAGAAGAGAGCAGUCAACACUCUUGCGAAGUUGCCAGUGGAGUAA